AUGUGCUCCAUGAUUCGAAGAUUUGUCCAUCUGAUUGUCCACGAACUCAAGAGUGGUCCUGGUGGCUACAGCCUCCGCAACAUUGAUAUGAAACCCCUCUUUGCGGGUAUUGGUGAUGGCAACACCAGUAUGCAAGUAACUCCACUGCCACGGGCAGCUGCCCUCUUUGAGUCUGCCAGCAAGAACCACACGGAGUUUUUUCUCCUGGGCAGCAAAAUUGUCAGUGUCAACGAGAACCGGCACACGAUCCUGUUCGACACCUUGACCUCUGGCGCAUUAGCGGGGCCACACCUGCGGCAUGGUAAGUUACUCCAACCUGCCUGGGCAGCUAUUGGAGGCAAGCUUUACCUUACUAGCAUGUUCCCAGAGAACCACGGCACGCCGUGUUUUGAGGCCCUGCGUUACGACAACGAGCUUGAAGAUUGGUUGUGGGAUCUGCUCCCCUCGCCGUCAUUGUUUGAUAUGCCAUUUGGGGAUGGAAGCAUCAUACAUUGUUUCGCAUCUGGGCAUGACAAGAACAUUUGGAUAUCAACAUUGGGCAAUGGCACUCACAUCUUUGAUACUACUACAACUACCACAUGGCACAAGGUAGGUGGCUGGGCAUUGCCGUUCGAGGGUCGAGUGCAGUAUGUACCCGAGUACCGCCAAUGUUUUGGAUUCUCAGAAAGAUCAAGCAAGCUGUGCUCCGCAGACCUGAUCUUUGGCUCUAGGAUCUUAGAGCCCCCGGCAUACCGCAAUGUAUGGGAUGAUGUUGAUGGAUACAUGGGUACGCAGUGGCAUUUGGCUCGCUCUUACCUCACCUAUCUUGGCUGCGGCAAGUUCUGCAUUACGAGGUUCUAUGACACUAGGAAUGAUUGGGAGGAUGAUUACAUUCCUGUAUGCAACGUCGCCGUCAUGACAGCUGUGGAAGUGAGAUGUGAUUCUAACACCGGGCACCUCGAGAUGAUCAAAGGGGCUUCCAGGUGCUACAAGUUCAGCCCCGACACACUGUACGGCUGGGUCCUGUGA